GCCUAAGGACGCUUCAGCCGCAUAGGAAGCGUCGAGAAAGUUUAGUUCUUUAAAUGAAUCCUUGGUCCCGUUGUUUUAGUUCUUUAAGUUCCUCCUGUCGUGGUUGUCGGAGAAAACAGCUAUAAAAGGGAAUGUGCGCAAGAAAUGAGCGAAAUUAAGCAAUGUGCUUAACUUCAAACUGUUGUUAUAUAAUUGAUGGUUUGAUUCAGUGACCAAAUACUGCAACACCAAACAACGAAUUUAAGGAUUUCAUGUCCUUCUUUCAACCGAAAUCUAACAGCUGGCCUUGAGAAACUUUGUCAGGAUUUUUGUAUUGGAUUUUUGUAUUGGAAUUCAACAUGAGUUGCAUCAACUUUUUGAAACUUCUGCUUCGUUCACGGAAGGACGAUCUAACGGGAGAUGACACGAUUUUCAACCGGUGUUUGACAGUACUGGAUGUGAUUCUAUUAGGAAUGGGAUCCAUGCUUGGGCCAGGUCUGUACGUAGCCACAGGACAAAUCGCUCGAGAUACAGCAGGACCAGCCAUUGUCAUUUCUCUUAUGAUCGCGGCGUUCCCGGCGAUUUUGUCUUCGCUCUGUUAUGCCGAAUUUGCCGCUCGCGUCUCGAAAACAGGAUCCUCGUAUGUUUAUACAUACCUUGCUCUGGGAGAGAUAUGGGCUUUUAUAAUCGGUUGGAAUCUAAUUUUAGAAAACGUCCUUGCAAGCGCUCUGCUGGCAAAUGAAUUCAGCAAAUUUCUAAACUCCAUUAGCGGGAAAAAAAUUUCAAAAUUCAUGACUGAAAACGUUGCUCAGUGGAGCGUGGCAGGAUUUCAACCAUAUCCAGAUUUCAUAGCUUUUUUAGUCGUUAUUGUAUUCACCGUCGUAGCUGCUACAGGGCCGCGAAAACCAGCCCUUUUCAUGCGAUUUGCGACUAUGAUCAAUUUGCUGGUGGUCCUAUUUAUUGUACUCUCAGGAUUUUACUUCAUGGACACUACCAAUUGGGAGACACUUGACAAAUUCGCACCUUUUGGCUUCGAUGGAAUCAUGGCUGGUGCGUCUAUUUCCUACUUUGCUUUUCUUGGUUUUGAUAUCAUCAAUUCUGCCAGCGAAGAGACUGACAAUCCACUAAGAGUUGUUCCGUUUGCCAACUCUGUUAGCACGUAUAUUGGGGUUUUCAUAUACCUCAUCACUGCAGCAGUUCUGACGUUAAUCAUUCCCUACAAUAAACUUAGUUUCAACAGCCCUCUAACAGAGGCAUUUGGUUACACAGGUUCCGAAGUUGGAAAAUACUUUGUUGCUAUCGGAGGAUUCUUCGGAAUGACAACCGCUCUGCUCACUUUUAAUUAUGCAGGAACUCGUCUUAUUUACGCCAUGGCCAAUGACGGACUUUUGUUUCAAAGUUUAGCAAAGGUUAGUGACAGAACUCGAGUUCCAAUUAGAGCUGGAUUAAUUUUCGGCUUCAGUGCAGCAGUAAUAGCACUCUUCCUAAACCUAAACGACUUAGUUGAGAUGAUGUCUAUUGGAACACUCAUGGCGUACACCGCUGUGUCCUUGGCUGUCCUUCUAGAGCGAUACCGACCGAUGUCUUGGUCAGAAUUUCCAACAAACGGAGAAGAUUACGACACGAAUGACGACGAACCCUCUUCUUGCUGUGGGAAGCUUCGCGAGGGAAUGAAGAAACAAAUCUCAGCUGCGCGAGAGAUCAAAACCAAAUUGAGUGCCAAAUUUGGUGACAAACCCACCAAGGACACUCAUCGAGUUGCUGGAAUUGCUGCGGCGUGCCUCGUAUUUGCGGGUUAUGGGUUCUCUUUGACCGUCUCUCCAGCAAGCGGCUUGCCUCAUGUGGCCGAGAAGAAUCCUAUUAUCAUAUUCGCCUCUUGCCUAAUGGCCUCUGUCGUCAUCUUCGCCUUGGCAGUAUUGUUCUUGUUACCAACAGAGGAGUUUAGGAUUGCUCAUGCAGUGCAAUGUACUCCGUUCGUUCCUCUGACCAGUAUCUUGACCAAUAUUUACUUACUGACUAAUUUGUCCCGUUGGACCUGGGCUCGAGUAGCUACCUGGAUGUUUAUUGGUAUGGCUAUUUACUUCAUGUAUGGCAUUCACAAUAGCAAAGUAGAUUUCACAAAAUAUGAUGUUUCACGUGAUUUUCUGGACCGGCUUAUUCCGUCAGCACGUGACGAACACGUCCGCACCUGGACACCAAGCAGUGAAGAAGGACCCAUGUCACCCAGUAGUGACAGUGAAAACGAUGAAGGGUUUCAGUCCAACUUAAUGACAAGUGAAGAUGAGUCUCCUAAGCACGCAGUUCUUCACAAAGAAAAGAAUAAGGCCACAAAUACAGCAACCGGACCAGCUGAACGAUACCGUUAAGACGCCUCUUCUUUUUGACACUUAAAUGACCUUUUGCUUCUCUUCUCGCCAUGGAUACGUCAUCGGUACAUUUACAUUGAAUUUACAUAUUCAUCAUCAGAACAAACUUGUAGAUAAUAUUAGAGAAGGUGAAUUUUCUUAGAGCAGACUUUUCUUUUCACUCUUUUCCUCGACAAGUGUGUUCGUCAAGAGCAAAUUUGACUAAAAAGGCUACAAGUAUAUCAGUUUGAGCUGAAGAGGACUUGUGCGCACUGUAAAAUAGGUUAAACUUUUCCAAGAAAGAAAAGUCGAGGAAAAUAUGCCUGGGUCAAUUUUGGCUUAAUACAAAACCUGACUGAGGGAUCAUGCAAUCGGAUAACUGCACCUUCAAAAAUGCAGCUGGACUUUUUCAAAUCUCUACGUUUGUAAUAUGCGCCACUUUAUCCAAUCUUCCUCGAGGUGAUACAUUAGCUCCUUAAUGUUUGUAGAUUUUAACAUAAUUAUUUGCAAGUUCGCUAGUAUCACGUAAAUCCAUCUAUGAAAACAAACAGAGAAAUCGGGAAAGCCUUUUUUUAUCGCCCUUUUGAGAAGGAGCGAAUCAAAUAUUUUGGAAUUAUUGAAACAAUUCAUAUUUUAUUUUCCAUACGAGUGUUAACUUACAAAAAAAAGCUAAGUUGUUAUUUAUAUAAAACCUUCCACUUUCGAGAAUGACGCAACCAAACUGUUAUUUCUACAAUCUUUCAAGUAUGUUACAUAUUUAAAAUUGGAGAUAUUUUUGACGACUAUUUCUCAAUUCUCACCACAUGCUUGACAUGUCAGUGAUACUGCAUGGAGAAUUACCAUGUUGAUCACUUCAUGAUUCAUAAUGUUGAGAAUGCAAUUAUUUAAGUCUUUGAAAAUAAAAUGUGUUCUGUGCGAUAGA